AUGUCGCCAACUCCUUCGCACCGCGUAUCGUCCAGCACCGAUAACAUCGAGCCGGGCAUGAAGACUCAUCACCAUGUCAACAACACCAGUCUCGGCUACCAGCAAAGUGCGACUGGCGGCAUGACUAUCUCGCCGGAGUUGUUUGAGAAGCUGUAUCUCCAGCCAAAGGCGGCCAGAGGAUUCUCCAAGAUGGCCAAUCCAACACCGAUGGGACUGGUUGGCUUCGUUAUCAGUACUUUCACCUUCUCGAUGAUCCUCAUGGGAUGGGGUGGUGCGAGCGCGUUCCCUGCUGUUGUUGGCAUCUUCUUCUUCAUUGGACCUCUCAUGUUGACCCUGGCUGCUAUCUUCAACUGGGUCAUAGGCAACUUCUUUCCAAUGAUGGCAACCUGCCUCUUCGCUGUCUUCUGGCUGUCCUUUGGCAUGCUGCAACUACCCACCCUCGGCCUGGCUGCAUACUACUCCUCAGAUGGCACAAACGCCACCAAAGAUGCCACGAGCUCCGGCUACAACACUGUGCUCGGUCUCUUCCUCAUCGUCUGGGGCUUCGCCUUCCUAACCUACCUCAUCUUCUCCCUCAAGACCAACGCCGUCUUCGCCGGUAUCUUCUUCCUCGCAGCCAUCGCCGUCUUCGUCCUCGCCGGUGCAUACUUCAAGACUGCGGCUGGCGACUACGUGAUGGCACCGAAGCUGCAAAAGGCUGCUGGAGCGCUACUCUUUGUUGUCGCGAUACUGGGUUGGUGGAUCGUCGUGGCUAUGAUGGGUGCCGAGAUGGGUGUCUGCAACAUUCCGGUCGGCGACCUCAGCCAUUUCUGGUCCGACGCGAAGCCAAAGUUCGGCAGUGUCGAUGUUGAGAAGCAGGCAUAG